AUGACUUAUACAGUGUUAGCGUGUGGGUCCAAUGGUAAUUUCCAAUUGGGAAUUGAUAACAAUGAGGACCAAAGUGUAUUGAAACCAGUUUUAUUUGAAAUUAACGGAGAGUUAACUUCACAGUUGCAUGUUAAACCCAUAAAGAUUUCCAGUGGAGGAAAUCAUACUCUUAUAUUAUUAGAGAAUGGAGAAGUUUAUUCUAGUGGUGAUAAUACCCAUGGUCAAUGUGGACAUGCUAUAAGUUCAACUAAUUUCCCUGUAUUUUCUCAAAUUAUCGAGUCGAAUUGGAAAGAUAUAUCUUGUGGAUGGGAAUUUUCAAUCUUAGUCAAUGAAGAUAAUGAAAUAUAUAUAUGCGGUAGAGGACUUAAAGGGGAAUUGGGUUUAGGGAAGAAUGUCACUGAAUCGGAAUUUACACUUCUUCCUGUAGAUAUUGAAGAAGAAUAUCAAAUCAUUGAAGUUCAAAGCUCACUUGAUUCGACAGUAGUAAGAUUAGAUAAGAAUCGUUUAUUGGGCUGGGGAAAUGCUAGAAAAGGACAAUUAGGUAAACAAGAAUUACUUUUAAACAAUAAAUUGGAAGCUAGCUUAUGGCAUCCUCGACUUCUUAAUUUUGAUGUUCCAUCUGGAGCAGAAUUUACCUACUCAUUAGGAAGGGACUAUUCGGUAUUUUAUGUGAAUAGUGAAACAAAUACUCGGGAUAUUAAGGUAUUUGGGAAACAAAUAGCAGGCCAAUUAAAGGAAAGUACUAGUCAAAUUGUUAAUGUUAAGUCAAUGUGGUCAUCUGUCCAUGAAAUAGUCAAGUCCAUUGAUAACCAAUAUACAAUAGAAUCAUAUGGAAAUAAUAGUCAUGGACAACUAUAUCAAACCAUUGAAAAUCACCCCAACAUUUUGGCUAUUGAAUUUGCCAUUGGGAGUGAACAUGGAUUACUACUUAGUCCUAAUAAUGAAGUAUAUGCUUGGGGUUGGGGUGAGCAUGGAAAUUGUGGAGUUCAAAAGAAACAAAAGAUAGAAUCAGAGACGGUUACAUUUGAUUACUUAAACCUUUUAUAUAAUGGUCAAUCUAAAGUGAUUCUAAUACAUGGAGGAUGUGCUACUAGUUGGGUAGUAGUUGAAUAA